GCCCGGGCGGCCGCCGAGCCGGGCCGGGCUGACUCCGACGCUCGGCUGGGCCACUCCAGGAGUUGUUGCGGGCGAGUUAGGGCACAUUUAGCAGACUUUGGGGCGGUGUUGUGGUGUACCGUUAUACCUGGAUGGCGUCUCGCUCUCCGCCUAGCGGUGCUUGCGGGCCUCAGUGAACCGUUAUCCACUGCUGGGAAUAACUCCGGGAGCGCCUCUUCUUGUUUGACUUAAUAAGCACUCCACAACAACACUCCUCCACUCCGCUUCGCUUGUAUGCACUUUUUGGCCCACUUUUUCUGCUUUGGCGAGCUUUCACUCCACAACGUGGCCGCUUUGCGCGCACUUUGUUGACUGGGAGUGGAUGAAAGCUGGGCCGGGCGAGGUUGGCUGGGCUCGCUUUGGUCGCCGAACGGAGCGGUUGGCGUCCACCGUUAGCGUCAAAACAUUUCUGGGGGUCUUUGCUUUGACGGCCGGAGUCUUGAGCGGUGGGGGCUAAAGUCUGUAGCUUUUAAACGAGGUUCUGCCCCUACUGUGAGUGAUGGCAGGGAAAAAAGAGAGCGAUGAGAUGUUUAUUAUUUGGUGACCACUUCCCUUCCUCCUCCUUCCCUUCCUUUCCUCCUCCUCCUCUUCCAAGCUGCAUCAAAUGUUGGCUCGUUGAAGUGCCAAACUUCAACGGCGGCUUGGAGGCCAGUUCGGACUCGGAUGAUGACGACAAGCUACACAUCGUGGAGGAGGACAGCCUGCAGGAGCCCGAGCUUGCCAAGGUGAAGGACAGCCAUGACGCCACCGCUACGACGUUGCCGCACAACGGCUCCUGGAACGGCGUGAAAGAAGAGUGUGUGUCUGAAGAAGACGGAGCAGUGGAGGAGGAUGAAGCAGUGAAGGAUGCUCUGGUGGAUGACAUCCUCCAGGAAGGAGACACAGCCAUCAUCUACCCCGAAGCCCCCGAUGACGAGCACAGUCCAGCAGAGACGGGUGGAGCGGAUGAAAACGGCACGCCAGACGCGUCGCAGCUGCACACGUGCCCGUACUGCUCGCGCGGCUACAAGCGCAACGCUUCGCUGAAGGAGCACAUCAAGUACCGCCACGAGACCAGCGAGGACAACUACAGCUGCUCACACUGCAGCUACACCUUCACUUACCGCUCGCAGCUGGAGAGGCACAUGAGCCACCACAGGGGCAGCAAGGAGCAGCGUCACACGUCGCAGUCGAGCUGUGGAGUCGGAGGACCACGCAAGUUCAAGUGCACCGAGUGUUCCAAAGCCUUCAAGUAUAAGCACCACCUGAAGGAGCACCUGCGCAUUCACAGCGGAGAGAAACCAUACGAAUGCUCAAACUGCAAGAAGAGGUUCUCCCACUCCGGCUCGUACAGCUCCCACAUCAGCAGUAAGAAGUGCGUUCAAGCAGUCACACCCAACGGCGUGGCUCACAAAACCAUGAAGGUGCAGCUACCCGUCGCCAACUCCGCCACCGUGCGUGUCGCCAUCGCUCCGGCCCGCCCGGCCCUCAAAGAGAAGCCUGAAAGCAAACCCCUCCAAGAGCAGCUCCCGGUCACACAGAUCAAAUCAGAACCCUCGGAACAUCCAUGCAAGCCGGCCGUAGCGGCACCAGCCGGGGUGGCGAACGCGGUGACCUCGCAGGCAGUGGCGGCACCUGCUACGCUGCCUCAGGGUGUGGCCAUGGUCCUGCCCACCAUGGGCCUGGUGCCGCCCCUCAACAUCAAUGUGAACGACCUACAGAACGUUCUGAAGGUGGCCAUGGAUGGGAACGUGCUCAGGCAGGUGCUGGGCACGAAUAACGGCGCCGUGUUGCAGCCUCAGCAGCAAAUCAUCAGCCUGCCCGCCUUCGUGGACCACGACGGCACCACCAAGAUCAUCAUCAACUACAGCAUUGGCCCGGCACCGGCCACCGCCGCCACCACGCAGCCAAUGUCGCUUUUCGUCAAAAACAACCUCCCUCUUACUCCUGUUCCCCCCGUCGCCGCCGCCCCUACCCCCACCAAAACGGACAAACCGCCCACUCCGAAUGUCGACCUCAGCCUCGUCAAGGAAGAGCCCGAAUCGAUGCUCGUCACAGAAACCGAACCGGACCAGCAGAUGCAGAAGACCGUGAAGACCGAAAUGGCUGACGUUGCGCAACCCAACGGCGACAGUACUUGUUUACUUUGUGACAACUGUCCCGAAAACCUGGAGGCGCUGCACUUGCUCCAGCACCACAAGGCGGCCAAGGGGGAGGCCGUGGACUCUGCCGCUCUGGACCCCUCCUUUGCCGCCUUGCUCAGUGAGGCGGGGGUCACGCUUCAGGAACCCCCUGUGGACGACCUCCUGUCGCUCCUCAAGAGCUACUUUGCCUCCAAUGCCAACCCCAGCAAGGAAGAGCUGGAGAAGAUCUCGGACUCUGUCAGUAUUCCCCUGGACGUCGUCAGGAAAUGGUUUGUGAAGAUGAACUCCGCCAAGAAAAGCAGCGACACGGCAGAAUCCAAACCGCCAAAGUCUCACUCUGAUUCUUCCAGUCAGAAUGGACCAGAGAGACCAGAAGAUGCCAAAGCCUCAUCCGAGUGCGGAUCCGCUUCCCCGUCCGACUCCUCAUCAUUAAGCCUCAACGCCAGCGACCUGGUCAUCGUCAAAAGCGAGCCCGAGGAUCCGGAGCAGGACUCCCAAGCAGAACCCUUGGAUCUCUCCCUCCCAAAAAACCUUGCCGCCACGCCGGAAGACCCGCCCCCUGCCAAAAAGCCGCAGCCUCUGAACCUGACCUGUCUGCGGAAGGAGCAGGUCGGCGGCCGCACCGUCUACGUCACCACGCCUCAGACCCACAGUGCCGUCAACAUUGUCCCCGCCGCGCAGCUCCCCACGCUGGUGGCCAUCACCGGUCAAGGCACGGUGGGCUGCCUGGGCUCCAUCAACACCUCGGCUAAGCGAACCAUCCUCAUCCCGCAGCUCACCUACACGUACGCCGCCACGGCGGACAACGCCAAGACGGUCGUCCUCAACGGACACAAGACGCCUGACAUAAACUCUGACGCGUCUACGGCGGAGGACCAAAAGGAACUGAAGAAGGCGCGGCUGGAAAACGGCGUCUACGCCUGUGAUCUUUGUUCCAAGGUCUUCCAGAAGGGCAGCUCCUUGCUCAGGCACAAAUACGAACACACCGGAAAGCGUCCGCACGAGUGCCCGGUCUGCAAGAAGGCCUUCAAACACAAACACCACCUCAUCGAGCACUCGCGCCUGCACUCGGGCGAGAAGCCUUACCAGUGCAACAAAUGCGGCAAGCGCUUCUCGCACUCGGGGUCGUACUCUCAGCACAUGAACCACCGCUACUCCUACUGCAAGAGAGACGGAUUGAGCCAAGACCCCAACGUCCCGACGUCGGACAGCCCCGGACCGAUGCCGCACUCGCAGCUGGACUCUGACGGCCGGGAGAGCGAGGACGACGAGGCCAUGUGUUUGGACGACGUGCGGGUGGUGCAGGUGGACGACGGCGUGUGCGAGAUCUAUGAGGGCAACUUUGAUGACGACGAUGACGACGAUGAGGACGAGGAGGACGGAGAGGAAGCGGAGGAGGAGCAGGAGGCGGUGCAGGAGGCGGUGCAGGAGGCGGUGCAGGAGGCGGUGCAGGAGGCGGUGCAGGACGCGGUGCAGGACGAGGUGCAAGACGCGGCGCCGGACGCGGUGCAAGACGCGGCGCCGGACGCGGUGCAGGACGCGGAAGAGCAAAGGAAAGGCAAGAAGAAAGAGGCGGCAGACAUGGAAGUGGAUGAAUUUGCCUGCGGCGUGGUGGAGGUUGAGCUGAAGCACGACGAGUCGCCGGAAUCCCCCGAGGACAAGGAAGAGUCUGCAGGUGUGAAUUUGGAGCAGAUGGCGGACUGCGCCUAUAAAAACAUCAGGGAUUGGUCAGACAGCGAGGAAUCCUCGGACGAAGCUGUGACAAACGCCAAAUGAGCGAAUUCCUUCAGGACACUUUGAUGAGAACGGUCCACUUACUGUGUUGAAACCGCCGGGUGUGCCUGAACUUCACAAACUUUUUUUUUCUUUCCCGUGCAAAUCAGUGUUACAAAUGUUUAUAAACGUUGUUUGUUUGUUUUUGCUCCAUUACUAACUCGCUCGGCUUGUUUAUAUGAUCUUUUUAUUGCCAAUGAUGUUUCCUAAAAAUCAGUAUUUUAUUGAGUUUUACGAACAAAACGCUCUGCACUAUGGUAUUCCCGCUGCGGAUAUGCGCCUCACCCCAUCGUACGCCCUCCAGUGUUACGUUCGCGCGCUAGCCGGCAUUUUCAGUCUCAGACUGUUAGCCUUAAGGAAAACAAACUGGGGAAGUUCCAGGAAUCCGGGAUGAGAGCGCUGCUUUGUGGCGUGCCGACCCUGGAAUGCUAGCAUCGUGAUGAAAAGAAGGAAAAAAAAACAAAACACAAAGUUCUCCUCAAUCGGGUCGAGCUUCUCCUUGCC